AUGUGUUUGGAACGACUUUUACAUAAUAAAUUGUGUAAAUCGAAGCAUAACAAAUACAAAAAACGAAAACUCUUUUUAUGCGGAUUUCACAUAAAACGAAGCCCUGAAGUACUGUUUUUUGGUACUAAAGAAAUACCCGCUAUUGUUCUUUCUCCACCUACUACUGCUGAUACUAGUUGUUUUAUCUAA